AUGCGUGCCUCCCUCGUCGCGCUCACCCUCCUGGCCACCCUCGCCAUGGCCCAGGACACGGCCGCCGAUGGCUCCAAGGCUGUCGCCAGGGACGGUGCCGACGCUGGUACAGACGGUAUCGGAGCCGACACUGUGCCCGCGACUGAUGAAACGACCGAAGAGGCCGCUGCGCGUUAUGGCCGCCGUGGUAACUCUGACGGCGGCGGGGGCGGCAGCGGCGGUGGGGGCGGCUCUAGCUCGCGUGGAGGUGGGCGCGGUCGCGGAGGCUCCUCUGCUGACAUGGGUGUCUAG